UUGAAGUGUUUGAAAAGUCCUGUAGGUUUGUGUGUUUAUGUUUAAACUCCUGAAUAUACAUCUAGGAACAUUUAUGGCUGGAUAGUGUGCAGGCAUCAGUAAAAUCGACCCAUCAGGUUUCCCUAACCAGUUAAAUAAUGAAACAAGUACUUGAGGGCACCUAGUGGAAAUUACUGAUGUCAGGAAUCGCUUCUUUACCCAACAGGCUGUGGGAAUCGAACACACUUCCAAAAUGAGUAACUGAGGCAGAAACUUUGGAAACUUCUAGACUGUUUCUGAAUUUGAAAUGAGACAUGUUUGGUGUUAGCUAGCUAAGUGAAUGUGAUGGACUGAAUAUUUUGUCAUUUUGUGAAGCUUAUUGAUGAUCUCAAGGUUUCAUUUUUUAUGUUCAUUGAAAGCAUUACAUUUUUAAGCCAUUUUUUUAAUUUCAGGGUGGACGUGGCCUGAUGCCUUGCAGCUGACUGAUGUUGAAAUGGAGGCACUAAAGCCCCAGUCCCCAUCCCCAUCCAGCCCCGUGCUGGGUGUCCCACAUGUAUUCACAUUGCAUUCCUCUAGAGACCAGAGCAGAUUGGAUGGUGUACGACCGCAUGGCUCUCCUUUGCAUGCCCGGUCAAGAGGGCAAAACUGGGACCCUGAAGCUGAUCACAUGCACCGUCGAGUAAUUGCGUGGUUUGGUGAUCAUCCAAAUGCCCCAUUCAGUGUGCACAAGCUAGUGGAAUAUGGCAAGAGCUCAGGAAAGAAGGCUGGAGAUUGGUAUGGUCCCUCCAUUGUUGCACAUAUUAUCCGUAAAGCCGUAUCACAAACUUCCGAGCUUUCCAACUUGGUGGUCUAUGUGGCACAAGACUGUACAGUGUAUAAAGGAGAUGUGGAGAGACUUUGUGAGUCAAACACAACGGGCAGCGCCUAUAAACAAAGUGUUGACUGGAAGUCUGUCAUCAUCCUUGUGCCUGUUCGCCUUGGAGGAGAAAUGCUGAAUCCGAUCUACAAGGAAUGUGUGAAGGACAUCCUUCGCUUAGAUUGCUGCAUUGGCAUAAUUGGUGGAAAACCAAAGCACUCCCUCUACUUUAUUGGGUUUCAAGACGAUCACUUACUGUAUCUGGACCCUCACUACUGCCAGGCUGUGGUGGACAUCACAAAGAACAAUUUCCCACUUGAGUCAUUUCACUGUAGCUCCCCGCGGAAAGUUUCCUUCUCUCGCAUGGAUCCCAGCUGCACUAUUGGAUUCUAUGCCAAGGACAAGAAGGACUUUGAAUGUCUCUGUGCUAAAGUGACCACAGCCUUGACUUCAUGCUCAAAGGAGAAAUACCCAAUAUUCACGUUUGCAGAAGGCUAUGGACAGGAUUAUGGUGUCGAUGACCUCUGUACUUAUUCAUUUGACCAAGCAAGUGUUGCACCUGCACCAAGCAAGCCAAGGAUGGCAAAACGGGCCAGCGCUGAUGACUUUGUCUUUUUGUGAGGCACAUCCCAGGGUGUAAAUAAUAACUGCAAAUUUUAAAACUUUUUUUAUGUACUUUUGUGAAAACAUUUAUCUUUCUACUAACUUUGCCACCUUGGGUGUUUUUUUUUUUUUCCUUUUCCAAUCAAAAUGAGCUUUCUUUAGAUUGGGGGUUUUAAGAAAAGCUUGACUUGAUUUUCUCAGGGCUGUGGUCAGUCUGCAGAAAGCAAUCCCCUAAACCCCAAGGUGGUCCUUUUUGUUAAAUGCUUCUACUUCUAAUGACGUAUGCAUCCAUGUUGCUGUUCAGGUCCACACCAGUUUUGCACUUUUCGUCCUCCUCUUAAAGCCCAUGAAUGCCCCUAAGUACGUGGGCGCUUGGCAUAUCCACAGUUUCAAGGCAUCUCCCGCGUAAUGGCGAGGAUGGACAGCAACAUGGAGGUCACUAGGGAGAACCAAAUGUCAUCCAGGUGGGUUGUGACCGAACAGCAGAGAGCUUUCAUGGAUCUUUUAUAAAGAACCGAAUGAUGAUUUUUAUUUUCUGCGCACAUUUUUGAUUAGAUUCUGUCAAUGACUACUGCACUGCACUUACUGACUGACCCUACACCUGCACCUGCACCUUCUGUGAUUUGGUGGGCUAAGGGCUCAGUCCGAACAAGUUACUUUACAGCUGCCUCUGCAUUUAAGGUUAUCGUGCUGCGUGAACGGCUACUGACACUACUAACUCGGUUAGAUCCUCUACAUCCACACCACCCAAACUUGGCAGAGGGGUGUGGAAAGUCUUUCAUCCCUGGUGGACCGGUUGGCUCCCACUGUCUGGCAGGGCAUUCCUGGCCCAUCUGCGUGGGAGGACGUGAGCAAAUGUAUGUGUGUGUGUGUGUGUGCGCCGGUAUCGUUUGUGUUGGACAUCUUGAAUUGUGAUCCUUUUUCUCGGCGAUGGCGGGGAUUUGGCCGUGGUGGGCUGUAACCGGUUACACGAUUUGCUUUGUGUGUCCGCACUCGGAUGUCUGAAUAUCCUGAUUUUUAUUUUUGUUUUUUUUUUUUAAUACUUGCAGUGAUGGUGCAUCUCCGAGACUUGAGAGUUUUUUUUUUUUUUUUUUUAAGAGUAUAAAUUAGAUAAUAUAUAUAAGGUGCCAUGGAGUACUUGAAUCGCAGCUCUGCUCAUUUUGGCUCAAAAUGGCCUCCGACACUAAGUGGUUAUCGACCUUCUCGGUUUCCUUUCCUUUUUGUUUCACAAGCCUGAAGUCGGCGUGCUUCACUCUCCCAUUAUGUACUGUACUCUGAGUAAAUCUGACCCUGGAUUUGGAUCAAGUGAACGUUGGCCAUUUUCCUCUGUUCAGUUUCACUUUUGCUUCGUUUCUAGGGGGUUUAGUAAAGAGUUUCUCUAUAUUUAUAACUACAGGAAUGUUACGAGAUGACACAUGGAAACUGCAGGUUUUGAUUUCUAAACAUUUUUAAUAAAAUUCUUAAAAUUG